CCACGGCCAAUUGACAGCAGUUCUAAAGAAGGACACAAACCAGAUCGGAUAAAAGGUGACAUUGAAUUCAAGAAUAUUCAUUUUAGCUAUCCAACAAGGCCUGAUGUAAAGAUUUUGCAGGGAUUGAAUCUGAAAGUGCAAAGUGGAACAACAAUUGCCUUGAUUGGAGCCAGUGGCUGUGGAAAAAGUACAACAAUUCAACUUCUACAACGAUUCUAUGACCCUCUAGGUGGAGAAAUUACUCUUGAUGGACAAGACAUUCGCACCCUUAAUGUCAAAUGGCUAAGGGAGAAUAUUGGCAUAGUAAGUCAAGAACCAGUGCUUUUUGCCACAACCAUUGCAGAAAAUAUACGAUAUGGCAGAGAAGAUGCAACAGAUGCAGAAAUUGAGCAAGCAAUUAAAGAGGCCAAUGCCUAUGAUUUUAUAUCUAGGCUUCCUGAUGGCUUAAAUACCAUAAUUGGGGAAGAAGGGGCACAGCUAAGUGGAGGACAGAAGCAGAGGAUUGCCAUUGCUCGGGCUAUUGUCAAGAAUCCAAAGAUUCUGCUCUUGGAUGAAGCAACCUCAGCCCUUGAUAAUCAGAGUGAAUAUAUUGUCCAGACAGCUUUAGAUAAGGUAAAUAAAAACAACUUCAAUUUCCUUACCACAGAAGUGGAAGCUCUUAUAAGGCUACUACCAGAAACACCUUUAGUUCUACUCCAGCUUACCAAGGAGCACUAUCAGGUCACCUCUAUACCCACAGAUACUCCAACAAGUACUACAUUUUGCAGUAGUCUCUUUGGGACCCUUAACUCUUUAGCAGAAUAUUACUGCUGCAGUCAAAGAGUGUUCUGGGAAACAAUUGCACCCACAGAGCUCGCCUAUAAGCAGGACUCUAUUGGCAUAGCAUGUCAGCUAG